UAUCCGCAUCAAGCUCACGCCCUAUGUGCAAAACCCUGUCAACCCAGAACCUUUCCAGAAUUAACCGUAAAAGUGACAACCGGUUAUUCGUAUUUACCUCCAUUCUACCAACGAGAUCCUCCCAUCAAAGGCGGAGUUUCCGCUGCAUGUUUGCUCGACUCAACCCGAUUACGUCAGGUCUGCCCCGCGAUUUCUGGUCAAGGGCAUCAUUCGGAAGAUCUAUAAAUACAUCGACGUGUCCCCUUGGAGAAUACCUUCGUUAAUACCUAUAAUUUCUGCAUAUUAUUUUUGUUCAAAGUAUAUUUAACUACAAUGGAUACUCCCUUCAAGUGGUCGGCACCCCCUGGUAGCGAUAUCUGGAAACAGCCUCCUUCUACCGACGUCUUCACUGCACCCUUCACCACACACUCCAAAAAACCUCUCAAGAAGUUCAUCUCCGCAACUCUCACCUUCCGCACAAAGUACAUCCAUCAGUACGACCAGGCCUGUCUUCUCCUAGUCUUCACAAACCCCAACUCCCCCACGCCCCGCAAGUGGAUCAAGACCGGCAUCGAGCUAUACAACGAUCACCCGCGCUACUCAACCGUGACAUGCGAUCAGUGGGCAGAUUGGAGCGUUGAGAAGGUCGGGCCUGAGAAUGAAGCUGGCGUGAGGAAUGGUGACAAGUGCGUUACUGUAAAGGUGCAGAAGGUGCAGGAUGCGCUGGGCCUUUGUAUGUGGACGUACAGGGUUGAUGAGGAUGGUGACAAGACGCCGUUGAGGCAGACGAAUUGGGUUUAUGGCGAUAACGGUGGUGAGGGCUGGGAUCUAGAGAUUGCUGCUGCUGUCGCGCGACCUGAUCCCAAGAAGGAGAUCCAGGAGGAUCUUGAGGUUACGUUUGAGAAGUUUGAGGUUGAGUGGGAUGAAACCGCCUAAUCACUCAACCGUCAUUUUUAAAGCAUUAUAUCACAUACAUCACAUGCAAAGGAACAUCAAUUGAGGUGGCCGAAUUUCUCAUUA